AUUCUCUACGCCAGUUGUAGCGCUCUGUGCUCUCGCCAGUAUUGCCUUUCAUUACUUGGAAUAACGUUGCUUUUGGUGAACGAUCCGAUAAACAUGGAAGCCGAAACCCAGGCAUCGUUUACUUUUCCACCUGAAGGGCCGAGAGAAUACCACGCCGUGGGGGAGUGUACUGUCGGAGGAGCACAUGCCUUCAUUUUGCGGAUAUCGCGCGUGUUCGGUUUGGCACCGCUGCGGUUCGAGGCACGCGGCGAAUCUUGGGCUGUGCGGGUUUCUCCCGCAGCCUCCCUCUACAGUUAUAUACUGGUCACCACACUCGUGGCCGGCACGGUGUGUGGGCUGUGCGCAGAGCUGCGUGCGGGAACGGCGGCGUCACCGCGCAUGGCAUCGCAAACGGCGCAGCUGGUUUCUGCAUGCGACGUGUUGGUGGUGACUCUAACAGCGGCAGCUGCCGUAUACCAUGCGCCCGAGCGGAUGCGUAUCAUAAUCGCUUUUAUGGACACAAUCGCCGAUGUGGACGAAAGCAUCGGGGCGCAUUUCUCGCGAGCGCGAGAGCGGCGUGUGAGCGGCGUUGUGCUCGCUAUACUCAUCUUUUUUACUCUGCUCGUUGCCGACGAUUUCUGCUUUUACGCUCUCCAAGCCAAGAAGAUUGACAGGCACUGGGAGAUAGUGCGCAACUACUGUGGAUUCUACCUAUUGUGGUUCGUCGUUAUCGUUCUGGAGUUGCAGUUUGCCUUCACGGCGCUGUCGGUGCGUGCUCGUUUCCGAGCCCUCAAUGAUGCGCUGGCGCUCACGGCCGACCAUCUCUGCCGACCCGGAAACUACUUCCCAGUAGAAAAGUCCCACGAUCAGGGGGCGCUGAACGUGUUUGCGUUCCAUGUGCGUGCGCGAAGCCGGCGCAAUAGCGCGCCUCCGUCCAGGCGAAACCACCUCAUCGUUCGAAGAGAUCGCGGUGGAGGCGGACAAUUACUGGCGGUACCGGCGGGUGAAGCUUUGGAACGGCUUGCAGUGUUGCAAGGCGCACUAUGCGAAGCUUUACACCGACUGGAUGCCGCCUACGGACUGCCUUUAGCGCUGCUGCUGAUAUCCACACUGAUGCACCUCAUCGUUACACCCUAUUUCUUCAUAAUGGAGAUCAUCGUGUCGGUGCACCGCAUACACUUUCUAGUGCUACAGUUCCUGUGGUGUGCGACACACGUUUUGCGUAUCCUGGUCGUCGUGGAGCCCUGCCACUACACCAUAACGGAGGGUCGUCGCACGGCGGAGCUGGUGUGUCGGCUGCUUCGGGCGGCGUGCAGCGGCCGAGUUCCGAUGCUGGGCGGACGUCUUGACCUUUUCUCGCGACAACUGUCGUUGCAAUCAGUAUGUUACUCACCUAUGGGGUUUUGCACCCUAGGACGUCCGCUCGUUGCAUCUAUUUUUGGCGCAGUAACAACUUACCUCGUGAUUCUGAUACAAUUUCAGAGAUAUGAUGCGUAAACUCCAAGCUCUAAAAUUUGUGUUAGAAAUAAGUUUCUGUUUAGGAUUUAGUUAUCGUAGAUUAUAAGUAAUUUAACACGACAGCUUUUGAGUGUACGGAACUUAUGAAGGACUGAAGGUUAUUUUUUUAAUUAUAAUUGAUUUCGCGCCAAUAGUUGCCCAACGCUGUCUGAAUUGGGUACCAAGCUCUUCUUCCCUGACCCCUGAUUGUCCGACAAGACGAUCAUGAUUGUAAAACCAGAGAGCAUCCUUUCUUUUAAGUUACAAGAAGCAGUCUGGCAGGAGGCUCACCUGAUAUUAAGUUAUACCGCUGCCCAUGGACACUAGCACUGCCAGGCGGUGGUAAGUGCGC